AUGGCGACCCUCGCAGAUGAAUUGCUGAACGAUUUUGACGACUCCGACGACGAAAACGAGGAGCAGCCUGGGCUGAAGCUGGACGAUGAGGAUGGAGAGCCCAGCAAUGGCCUUCUCAAGGCCGAGUCGGUUGAGCCAGAUGGCACAGAAGUCAGACUCGAAGACGAGGACAUGGAUGACGCAGAGGAGGAGGAAGAAGCGCGCAAUGGCACAGACACACUCGAGGAUGAAGACGAUACGAAAGCAAAAGUCGAGAAGAUGCAAUUGGGCGGCGUCAGUGAUGUCAGGAAUGUCGCAGGUCUUAUGAAGACACUGCAGCCAGUACUCGAGGUAAGUCGCUUCAUCCGCCUGGGAAUGCCCGAGUUGUUUACACAAUAUGUACCAGCCCUAACGUUAUACGCCACUCUGCAGAAAAUCAAACACUAUCAAGCAGUGCCGAACGAUCAGCGAACCACUGGCGUCGGGUCGAUAGAAGACGACCCAGAAUACCACCUGCUAACACAGUCCAACUCAUUGGCUACACAAAUAGACAGCGAGAUCAUACUCGUCCACAAAUUCAUCCGCGACCACUACUCGACGCGAUUCCCAGAACUCGAGACACUCGUAUCGAAUCCUCUAGCAUAUGCGAAGACCGUCGCUAUACUCAAGAAUGGACCGCUGGACAACAUCAGCAAAACAUUCGCAAAUACUACGAACAAUGCGGUCGGCGCCUCGUUGCGAUCGGUGCUGGAUGGGCCGACACUUAUGGUGGUGAACGUGGAAGGCAUACAAUCAAGAGGUCAAGAGAUGGCUGAAGCCGAUCUGCAGGCAACUUUGCGAGCCUGCGACAUGACAUUACAGCUCGACAGAGCGAAAAUCAUUCUGACGCAGUAUGUGCAAUCGAGAAUGGACAUCUUCGCACCCAACCUUACCAAUCUGAUUGGUUCUCUCACCGCUGCCCAACUGCUCAACUUUGCAGGAGGGAUCAAGGGCCUAGCGAAGACACCGGACCGUAACAUUCCCGCCAUGGGCUCGAAGAAGCAGCGCCAAUCUGGCCUUGCCACCAACGUCGGCAUCCGACAACAAGGCUUCCUCUACCACUCCGAGAUCAUACAAGAACUACCCAACGACCUCCGAAUACAAGGCAUGCGCAUAGUCUCGGCCAAACUUGUCCUUGCCGCUCGCGUGGACAGCACGCACCAGUCGAAUGACGGAUUGAUGGGAAUGCAACUGCGAGACGACUGCCAACGACGACUCGACAAGCUGCAAGAGAAGGCGCCGAAUCGAGGGCCGAAAGCACUCCCAGCACCUGACGACAAGCCUGCUCGGAAACGAGGUGGACGAAAAGCCCGAAAAGCCAAGGAAGCAACAGCCAUGACUGAUCUGCGCAAGCAGCAGAAUAAGAUGGCAUUCGGCAAAGAAGAGCGGGAAGUCGGUUUCGGUGAAGACACAGUCGGUCUAGGCAUGAUCGGCCAGCAGAAUGAUGGACGGAUACGUGGUGCGCAGGUCGACAAGCGGACCAUGGCAAAGUUGUCGAAGAAGAAUCCUGGAUGGGGCGGCUCGGGUCUACAAUCCAGCUUGAACACAGGCGGCGCAAACACAAGCUUACGAGCAUUUGGGACGCACGGCAACGCGACCAGUCUACGGGCACAAGGUCUGCGGACGAGCGGCGUUGGCUCAACGGCCGGAACGGCGAGCAGUAUUGCGUUCACACCUGUGCAAGGUCUGGAGUUGGUAGACCCCAAAGUCCAGGCUGAGCUGAAGCGGAAGCGAGAGGCGGAGAACGCUGGGUACUUUUCGAGUGGAACGUUUACUCAGGUUGGUGGAGGGAGUAGUAAUGGUUUCAAGAUACCCGGGUUGCCGCCUAGCAAAAAGGUGAAUCCGGGUAUGGCGCCGCCUCCGAGACCGAAGUGA